AUGAAGCUACUCCUCACGACGGCCCUCUGCGCGCUCUCGUCCUUUGUUGCUGGCGACGACAGUGGCGUCGUCCACUACGUGCGCGGCCUCGAGGUGCUGCCGGGUGACCGCGACCUCACCGAAGUCGCCGUGACGUUGCCGCCGCUUCAAGGCAUCAACGAUGACAUUGCCAAGGACUUUCGCGACAUCGCGCUCAACGGCCUCUCGCAGAACGCGACGGCGCGUGUGAUCCAGCACAUCCAGCAAGCCAGUGCCCCUCUCUCGGCCGACGACAUCCAGCGCAUUUGGACGACGGCGACGGGGCCAAGUGCGGGCAGCGCCUUCACGGGCAACCACAGCAUCGCGCUCGACCACAGCAUCGCGCUCGACCUCCAGAGCAUUACCAAGGACGGUCUGACGCCCGAGAACGGCGAUAGUCUCAUGAAGAACAUCAAGCAGGCCAUGGAGCUCGGUCAAAUCGCUGCCUCGGACGGCCCGGGCCUCCUCAACUCGAUCCAAGACGUCAUCAAGAACGGCGCCAACGUCAAGAACGGUGCCGACAUCGUCGACCAAGUGCAGACAAUCUUGAGCAAGGUCACUGGCGUGUUUGACCCGGAGCCCGUCGUGUGCCGCCGCCAAGGUGUUGGUCGCGGCGUCGGCACGGUCCUCGAAAACCAGUGCCUUCCCGGCGAGGAGGCCUGGGGCGCGCUCUGCUACCCCAAGUGCAAGGAAGGCUACGAGUCGGUCGGCUGCUGCAUCUGUCGCAAGAAGGGCUGCGGCGGCGUCAAGGGGGCGACUGACAUUGGUGUCUCGUGCGCCAAGCCGUCGGCCUACGGUCGUGGCUCCGGCUACGCGAUCUGGAACGAAGGCAAGUGCAAGCGUGAGAACGGCCAAGGCUGCGAGAAGAACGGUGCGAUGUGGUACCCGAAAUGCGAGAAGGGUUUCCACAACGUCGGCUGCUGCAUCUGCUCGCCCGACUGCCCCGAGGGGUUCCAUGACGACGGCGCGUUCUGCCGCAAGGACCACUAUGGCCGGGGCGUCGGUGUCUCGCGCCUCGGGUGCCCCAAGCAUCUCGAAAAGAGCGGUCUCCUCUGCUACCCGCCGUGCGCUGCCAACCAAGUCGGCGUCGGUCCCGUGUGCUGGCCCCAGUGCGUGAACCCUGCCGGCACCGACUGUGGCCUCUUCUGUACAUCCAGCGUCGCCACGUGCGUCAACACCGUCGUCGACAUUGUUGGCCAAUCGGCCAAGGUGACGCUCAGCUUGGUGGCCCAGGACUACACUGGCGCGAUCAAGACCGCCGUCCAGACGGGCGGCAAAUACAUCAGCUUGGACAAGUGCCCCAAGUAG